AUGGCCACGCCGGCCCCCCUGGAGGAUCAGGCUCGCCUGCUGGAGGAUGCCCUGGUCGCCGUGCGCCAGCAGACAUCGCUUAUGCGGAAAUGCCUCGAUACGCCCGGAAAGCUCAUGGACGCUCUGAAGUGCUGCUCGACACUGGUCUCCGAGCUCCGGACGAGCAGCCUUGGCCCGAAGCAGUAUUAUGAACUCUACAUGGCCAUAUUCGACGCUCUGCGCUUCCUGGCGGUCCAUCUGCGAGAGAACCAUCCUGUUAACCACUUGGCCGAUCUCUACGAAUUGGUUCAAUAUGCCGGAAACAUUAUCCCGAGGCUGUAUCUCAUGGUCACUGUCGGAACGGCAUACAUGUCCAUACCUGAAGCGCCGGUAAAGGAGCUCAUGAAGGAUAUGAUGGAUAUGAGCCGCGGUGUUCAGCACCCUAUUCGCGGACUGUUCCUCCGAUAUUACAUGUCUGGGCAAGCUAGAGACUUUCUCCCCACUGGCACCGGCGACGGCCCAGAGGGCAACCUGAACGACUCGAUCAACUUCAUCCUAACCAACUUUGUGGAAAUGAACAAAUUAUGGGUUCGUUUACAGCACCAAGGACACUCGCGCGAGAGAGAGCAGAGGAUCCGGGAAAGGCAGGAGCUACAGCUUCUUGUGGGAAGCAACAUUGUCCGCCUGAGCCAGCUGGUUGAUCUGGAGGCCUACAAGACUGGCAUUCUUGCGCCUCUAUUGGAGCAGGUUGUGCAAUGCCGAGACGUUUUGGCCCAGGAGUACCUUUUGGAGGUCAUCACACAGGUCUUCCCCGACGAGUUCCACCUACACACCCUGGACCAGUUCCUCGGCGCCGUAUCGAGACUAAACCCCCACGUGAAUGUCAAAGCUAUUGUUAUUGGUCUCAUGGACCGUCUAUCCGAAUAUGCUGAACGUGAGGGGGCCAGUGAGAAGGGACCUGAUCAGGAGAAGGCUGAGGCCGAGGCAUUGGCCAAUCUACUUGAGAAAGUGCAGCUUCAAAAGGAGGCCGAGCCGCCAGUCACUCAGCCAGCCCCUGAACAACCGUCUGUCGAGGAGUCAAGCGACAAGCCCGUAUCUAGCGAAACGGAUACUGCCGCUCCGGCAGAUGAGACAGCGCCCUCAGUUGCCGAGACGGAAACAACGGCAGUCAAUGGACAAGAGGGCGAGACUUCCAAGGACGUACAGCUCUACGAAGUCUUCUUCACACAGGUCAAGAAUCUUGUUGAAGCUCAGCAUCUCCCCAUCCAAGAUACCAUUGCGCUGUUGGUAUCCCUCUGUAACUUGGCGCUGAACAACUAUCCAGAGCGCCUUGACUAUGUGGAUCAGAUUUUGGCUUACGCCACGGCGAAGACGAAAGAGAACAUCAACAAUGCCGAUCUUCACUCCGCUCAGGCUCAGCAGAGCCUCCUUGCUCUACUGCAGGCACCUCUCAACCGCUACGUAUCAAUAUUCACCGCUUUAUCUCUUCCAACAUACGUGCCUCUGUUCCAAGCUCAGUCAUACCCAACUCGCCGCGCUGUUGCUGGUGGUAUCAUCCGCGGCCUUUUGAAAGACCAGACCAAGAUUUCCAAAACGAGCCAGCUGGAACAUGUGCUCGAUGUUCUAUCGGUACUUAUCAAGGAGGGAACACAAUCACCACAAGGCUACGCCGGAGCUACUCAGCGACGAGCCGUGGAGACCGAUGAGACUCUUGAGGAGCAAGGAUGGCUAGCAAGAAUGGUGCACCUGCUGCAGGGCGAGGACAAUGAUACGCAGUUCAAGCUCUUGCAGCUGACACGCAAAGCAUUUUCGGAUGGCAACGAUCGCAUUCGAACAACCACGCCACCGCUGAUAACAGCAUGCUUGAAGCUGGCCAGGAAGUUCAAGACUCGGGAGCAUUUUGAUGACAACUGGGAGACGCAGAUUAAUGCCCUCUUCAAAUUCAUCCACUCUGCGAUUAGCACGCUUUACACCCGUGUAACCGGUACAGGCGUGGCUGAGCUGGCUCUGCGUUUGUUCUGUUCUGCGGGACAGACUGCAGACCUGACCGGAUUUGAGGAAGUGGCAUAUGAGUUUUAUGCGCAGGCAUUUACAGCUUACGAGGAGUCCAUUUCUGACUCCAAAGCCCAGUUUCAGGCUGUCUGUGUCAUUGCCAGCUCACUUCACCAAACCCGCGGCUUUGGCAAGGAGAAUUACGACACGUUAAUCACCAAGUGCGCACAGCACGGCAGCAAACUGCUGCGGAAACCAGAUCAAUGCCGAGCAGUGUACCUGGCCAGUCAUCUGUGGUGGGCAACUCCCGUUGCUGUGAAUGGCGAAACAGAAGAGACAGAGCUCUACCGUGACGGCAAGCGAGUUCUGGAGUGCUUACAACGGGCUCUUCGUGUGGCCGAUUCGUGCAUGGAGACGGCGACGUCGAUUGAACUCUUUGUUGAGAUUUUGGACCGCUACGUCUACUACUUUGAUCAACAGAAUGAAGCAGUGACCACGAAGUACUUGAAUGGUCUUAUCGAGUUGAUCCACUCAAAUCUGGCAGGCAAUCAGCAAGAGUCGGCUUCAAUCGAAACCAGCAAGAAACACUUUCAUCAAACUCUUGAGAAUAUCAAAUCCAGGCAGUAUGAGGGAGUUGUUUUAUACCCAAGUUAGGAAUGGGGUCUCUUCUCCGCGAAAGCCGCAGGGAUGCUUUAAUGAUUCUGCGAUACACCACAAUAUUCAAGAAUAAAGAAGGCUCUUGGGAAGGGGGUAAGCAAAGGCGCCUGGGACGAAAGAGAAGAGCGCAUAGAUGUUUUAAUGCAGCACCAAGAAGCAGCCGGAGCAAAUGAGACAUGGCACGACAAUUGAUGUAUUUUUAUUCGAUUACAUAUUACGCUUUUUGGUCGCAAAGGGCACUUUUUUGGCUGUUGAAAACCCGGUGAAGGGAGAAACGUUAGAAAUAGUUGGGGAGUAGAUGGUUCGAAUGCGGUCUUUAAACUCUUUGUUACGAUCACCUAGAACAUUAUUUGCGGUAUCCAUUGUCUAUACA